AUGUUUUCACCGACGGAGGAAGAGGAGUCAUGUUCCUGUGGAGGAGCAGCCAUCCUGCUGUGUUUUGUGUCAGGAUAACCUGAAGGAUCCAGUCUCUACCAGCUGUGGAUACUGGGACCACUCUGGUUCAUCAGGAGACUCCUCCUGUCCCCAGUGUGGAGAAAGACCCAGAACAGCUGGACUGCAGACAGACAGUCAGACCAGCACUGUACAAAUGGAUGGUCUGCAGGAGGUUUUAGAUGAACAUAAGACCAGUCUGAAGAGGAGAUGUGAAUGCGUGACUGAAGGAACUGAUCAACCAGGAAAUGGAACCCUCCUCAACAGGAUCUACACUGAGCUCUACUUCACAGAGGGACAGAGUGAAGAGGUUAAUACCCACAUCUUUAAAGCCUUACCUGACCAACAGAGACACAUCAGAGUGGUUCUGAUGAACGGUGUUGCUGGUGUUGGAAAAACCUUCUCAGUGCAGAAGUUCACUCUGGACUGGGCAGAGGGCUUGGAGAACCAAGAUGUCAGUCUGGUGGUUCUGCUUUCGUUCAGGGAGCUGAACCUGAUCAAAGAUGAGCAGUACAGUCUUCUCAGGCUGCUCCAUGUUUUCCAUCCAACAUUACAGAAGGUCCCAGCAGAGCAGCUCGCUUUCUGUAAACUUUUGUUCAUCUUUGACGGCCUGGAUGAAAGCAGACUUUCACUGGAUUUCCAGAACAAUGAGGUUGUGUCUGACGUCAGGCAGAAGACUUCAGUCAAUGUGCUGUUGACAAACCUCAUUAAGGGGAAUCUGCUUCCCUCGGCUCUCGUCUGGAUAACUUCCAGACCUGCAGCAGCCAAUCAGAUCCCUCCUAAAUGUAUUGACAGGGUAACAGAAGUACGAGGCUUCACUGACGCCCAGAAGGAGGAGUACUUCAGGAGGAGAGUCAGUGAUGAAGAUCUGUCCAACAGAAUCAUCUCACACAUCAAGACCUCCAGGAGCCUCCACAUCAUGUGUCUAAUCCCAGUCUUCUGCUGGAUCACUGCUACAGUUCUGGAACACACGUUGACUACAGACCAGAGAGGAGAGCUGCCCAAGACCCUGACCGACAUGUACUCACACUUCCUGCUGGUUCAGACAAAGAGGAAGAAGCAGAAGUAUGAUGAGGGACAUGAGACGAGUCCACAGGAGCAGAUGGAGGCUGACAGGGAAGUUCUUCUGAAGCUGGGGAGGCUGGCGUUUGAACAACUGGAGAAGGGAAACAUCAUGUUUUAUCAAGAAGACCUGGAGCAGUGUGGUCUUGAUGUCACAGAGGCCUCGGUGUACUCAGGAGUUUGUACCGAGAUCUUCAAAAGAGAGAGUGUGAUCUGCCAGAAAACUGUCUACUGCUUCGUUCAUCUGAGCAUUCAGGAGUUUCUGGCUGCAGUCUACAUGUUCCAAUGUUACACCAACAGGAACACAGAUGUACUGAAGGGUUUCCUGUGGAUAAAACAUGGUAAUUCAUCUCUGGAUGACUUCCUAAGGGAAGCAAUGAUGAAAUCCCUGAGGCGUGAAAAUGGCCACCUGGACCUGUUUGUUCGCUUCCUUCAUGGCCUCUCCAUGGAGUCCAACCAGAGACUCUUAAGAGGCUUGCUGGGUCAGACAGACAACAGUCCAGAAACUAUCCAGAGAGCCAUCAACAACCUGAAGGAGAUGAACAGAGAUAAAGUCUCUCCUGACAGAUGCAUCAACAUCUUCCACUGUCUGAUGGAGAUGAACGACCACUCAGUCCAUCAGGAGAUCCAAGAUUUCCUGAAGUCAAAGACCAGAUCAGAGAAAGAACUCUCUGUGUUCGACUGCUCAGCUCUGGCCUACAUGCUGCAGAUGUCUGAGGAGGUUCUGGAUGAGUUGGACCUGCAGAAGUACAACACAUCAGAGGAGGGACGACUGAGACUGAUUCCAGCUGUGAGGAACUGUAGAAAGGCUCUACUUUCUGACUGUGGACUCUCAGAGACUCACUGUGAAAUUCUGGGCUCAGCUCUGAAGUCCAACCCCUCCCAUCUGAGAGAGCUGGACGUGAGUUGGAACAUCUACCUGGAGGAUUCAGAAGUGAAGCUGCUGUGUGCUGGACUGGAGAGUCUGAACUGUAGUCUGGAGUCUCUGAGAUUGAGUUACUGCAGUUUGUCAGAGAUCAGCUGUUCUUCUCUGGUCUCAGCUUUGAAGUCCAACCCCUCCCAUCUGAGAGAGCUGGACCUGAGUAACAACAACCUGAAGGAUUCAGGAGUGAAGCUGCUGUGUGGUUUUCUGGAGAGUCCACACUGUAGACUGGAGACUCUGAGAUUGAGGGGCUGCUGGUUGUCAGAGAUCAGCUGUGAUUAUCUGGUCUCAGCUCUGAAGUCCAACCCCUCCCAUCUGAGAGAGCUGGACCUGGGUCUCAAUGACCUGCAGGAUUCAGGAGUGAAGCUGCUGUGUGGUUUUCUGGAGAGUCCACACUGUAGACUGGAGACUCUUAGAGUGAUUUGCUGCAGUUUGUCAGAGAUCAGCUGUGAUUAUCUGGUCUCAGCUCUGAAGUCCAACCCCUCCCAUCUGAGAGAGCUGGACCUGAGUGCCAACAAUCUGAAGGAUUCAGGAGUGAAGCUGCUGUGUGGUUUUCUGGAGAGUCCACACUGUAGACUGGAGACUCUGGGAUUGAUUGACUGCUGGUUGUCAGAGAUCAGCUGUUCUUCUCUGGUCUCAGCUCUGAUGUCCAACCCCUCCCAUCUGAGAGAGCUGAACCUGAGUAACAACAUUGACCUUCAGGAUUCAGGAGUGAAGCUGCUGUGUGGUUUUCUGGAGAGUCCACACUGUAGACUGGAGACUCUGAGAUUGCUUAACUGCAGUUUGUCAGAGAUCAGCUGUUCUUCUCUGGUCUCAGCUCUGAAGUCCAACCCCUCCCAUCUGAGAGAGCUGAACCUGAGUAACAACUAUCUGUAUGAUUCCGGAGUGAAGCUGCUGUGUGGUUUUCUGGAGAGUCCACAUUGUAGACUGGAGACUCUGAGAUUGAUGAACUGCAGUUUGUCAGAGAUCAGCUGUUCUUCUCUGGUCUCAGCUCUGAAGUCCAACCCCUCCCAUCUGAGAGAGCUGGACCUGAGUACCAACAACCUGCAGGAUUCAGAUGUGAAGCCGCUGUGUGAUCUUGUGGAGAGUCCACACUGUAGACUGCAGACUCUGAGAUGGAACUGGUGAUCUCAGUCAGACUGUGAGUGGUGAGAAAGGAGGUUGUGUUGGAGGAUCCGCUGUGUCCUGAUGAUCCAGAGAGUUUGAAGCAGCAGCAUCAGCUCUGACUGGGCCAUGUUACAGGGAGGUAGAGUGGAGAGGAGAGCUUCAUCCAGCAGUGACUGACAGAGGAAUCACAACCAUUGAACCAGUCUGCUCUGAGAUCAGUUCCACUGUCACACACAAUGUCAAGGUUGUGACCGUACACAGUGUAUUUACUGUCUAUUAGCUUAAAUGGUUCAUUGGGUUCAGUGGAGGGAUGAUUGACACACAACAAUAAGUCAUAUAUGUAUCAGUUUUGUUUGUUGUUUGUUGAAUAUUUUUAUAUUGCAUUCUGAUUGGCUGCUGGAUGUCCAUUAUUUCCUGAUGUAGGACACUUACUGAGUAGUUCCAGUGAAACUCUCUGUUUACCGUUCUAAAUCCUUCAUCCUCCGAACUCACCUUACUUUCUGUAAGAGAUGCUCCCACAUCCCGUCCGUUAUUCAGCUUGCUGCUUCUGGCUGCGGCCGUCUCUACACUACACUACACGUCCUAUCCUUAUUGAAAAUCUUGACCUGUAUGGAAAACAGUAAAUGCCAUAAUUGUACUUUAAAUUUGACCUCUGUCUCAUGUUUCUUAGGUAAAUUUAAACCAUCAGACAUGUACUGUUAUAUAUUAUAUGAUUAUUAUGAUUCAUGCAUGUAAUAAUAAUGCUUAAGCAAUAUUUUUGUGUUGCAGUCACAAUUAAAAAGCUCAGGUAACACCUUCUUGUCCAAAUCUCAAAAUGAUUCUCUUUAAUGGAAUUUCUGACCGUUAAUCGAGAAUCAACUAAUCAAGCUUAGUUUUGAUCUAUUGUUGAUUUUAGUUUUACAGUGUAUCAUGUUGUUUAAUCUUAAUAUUACUGCUGACUAUUGACUAUUUUUCACUUUUUAUAGGAACAUUUCUGGGAAUGCAGAUCAUAAAUCAGUUCUUGAAGUUAUUCAGUUACUCAUGUUUUUGCUAUUAAAAUGUAAAAUAAUUAAUGUAAUAAUGGAUUAUUUACACUCUUCUGUACCUGAAGCCACUGCACAACCUGAAUAAGUGCGAUAUUACAGUACAGAAGAGCAGGUUAACGAUUAUAGAGAAAGUCUAAACUUGCAUUUGACAUCCUAUACUGAGACUGCAGGGGACGGGAAGUUUAAGACACUGAGGAGGUCCUUUUAUUUUAUAUUUUCUUGGUAUAAUCUUUAUGUUUUUCACUUUUCAUCUUUUUCUGUUUAUUUUGUCAUUUUAAAAGAAGAGAAUAACUUUUUUAUAAUGAUACAGAACAUAAAAGAAUUUUGUUUUUCUAAAACAUAAAAUAUAUUUAUUUCAUAGACAGUUAUAGAUUUGAUUCAUAAAAAAAUACAUAUUCAUGCAGCAAUUAUUUUCAUUGACGAUGAUUCUUUUGCUCUAUAAAACGACAACAAAGUGAAAAAUAGUCAUUGCAGUUUCCUAUUAAUGUCUUCAAGUAGCUUAUAAAUUUAAGGAGGAGAUUCCAUCAGUGUUUAAUUCAAUGCCAUGUCCAAAUCCUAUAAUAACAAUAAGUCCUAUAAUAACUUCUGUCCCACCGAAAUUGAUAAUCUAGUUGAUAGUGCUGCAGGCUCACUACGAAGAACAUUAGAUUCUAUCGCUCCUUUAAAAAGGAAAUUAUUAAAACAUAGGAAACCAGCACCGUGGUACAACCACCAAACCUGCCAAUUAAAGCAAAAAGCUAGGAAAUCUGAAAGGAAAUGGCGCUCUUCCAAAUUAUCAGAAUAUCGCUCAAUUUGGCAAGAUAAUCUUAAAACCUAUAGAAAGGCCCUCCGUAAUGCCAGAGGAGCCUAUUACUCAGCACUAAUAGAAGAAAAUAAGAAUAACCCUAGGUUCCUCUUCAGCACUGUAGCCAGGCUGAGCCACAUAUCCCAGAAACUUAAGUAGCAACGACUUUAUGAGCUUCUUUUAUAAUAAAAUUAUUACUAUUAGAGAGAAAAUUAAUCACCAACUGCCAUCAACAGUUAUCGGUGGCUCUCCAAGUUCAGGAACUUUAACUAAUGUAAACUCAGAUAUAUAUUUAGACUGUUUUUCUGCUAUCGAUCUUCAUCAGUUAACUUCAAUAAUUUCUACAUCAAAGCCAUCAACAGCCGUCUGUUAGACCCGAUCCCAACUAGGCUGCUUAAAGAAGUCAUACCCUUAAUUGGCACUUCUUUACUGGAUAUGAUUAAUCUUUCUUUAUUAUCAGGAUAUAUACCACAGUCCUUUAAAGUAGCUGUAAUUAAACCCCCUCUUCAAAAGCCCACUCUUGACCCAGGGGUUUUAGCCAACUAUAGACCGAUCUCUAACCUCCCCUUCCUCUCUAAGAUUCUGGAGAAAGUAGUCGCCAAAGAGUUGUGUGACUUUUUACAUAACAAUAGUUUAUUUGAGGAUUUUCAGUCAGGAUUUAGAGUUCAUCACAGCACAGAGACAGCUCUGGUUAAAGUUAAUAAUGACCUUUUGAUUGCUUCAGACAAUGGACUUGUCUCUGUACUUGUAUUAUUAGAUCUUAGUGCUGCAUUUGACACCAUUGACCAUAAUAUUCUUUUACAGAGACUUGAGCAUCAAAUUGGCAUUAAAGGAACCGCACUAAGCUGGUUGAAGUCAUAUUUAUCAGAUCGUUCGCAGUUUGUAUAUGUUAACGAUGAAUCUUCAAUAAAUACUACAGUCAGUCAUGGAGUUCCACAAGGUUCUGUACUUGGACCAAUCUAUUAACUUUAUAUAUGCUCCCUUUAGGCAACAUUAUUAGGAAUCACUCCAUUAACUUUCACUGUUAUGCCGAUGAUACGCAGUUAUAUCUAUCAAUCAAGCCCGAUGAAAUUAAUCAAUUAUCUAAAUUACAAACAUGUCUUAAGGACAUAAAAUCCUGGAUGAGCUGCAAUUUUCUGAUGUUAAACUCAGAAAAAACUGAAGUUCUUGUACUUGGCCGUAAACACCUCAGAGACUCACUGUCUAAAGAUAAAGUUACUCUAGAUUGUAUUACCUUGGCCCCCAGCACCACUGUAUCUUUGCCAAAAAUCUUUGCUUAGAUUGAAUUGAACUGAUUUGAAGGAAUGCUUGGCAUCAUUCCUGUUUUACUUUAAUGAAACAAAAACUUUAGACUCACUGUCUAAAGAUAUAGUUACUCUAGAUGGCAUUACCUUGGCCUCUAGCAACACUGUCAGGAAUCUUGGAGUAAUCUUUGAUCAGGAUUUGUCGUUUAAUUCCCACAUGAAGCAGACCUCCAGGACUGCCUUCUUUCAUUUACGUAAUAUUACAAAAAUUAGACACAUCCUAUCAAAGACAGAUGCAGAAAAACUAAUCCAUGCAUUUGUUACUUCUAGGCUGGAUUACUGCAACUCUGUAUUAUCAGGUUGCCCCAAUAAGUCCAUUAAAACGCUCCAAUUAAUUCAAAACAGCACGAGUACUGACAGGAACUAGAAAAAGAGAUCACAUCUCUCCUGUACACGUAUAAAGCUCUUCAUGGUCAGGCCCCUUCAUAUCUUAAAGAGCUCAUAGUACCCUAUUACCCCUCUAGAACACUACGUUCUCUGAAUGCUGGGCUACUUGUGGUUCCUAUAGUCUCUAAAAGUAGAACAGGAGCCAGAGCCUUCAGUUACCAAGCUCCUCUCCUGUGGAACCAGCUUCCAGUUGUGGUUCAGGAGGCAGACACCCUCACCACAUUCAAGAGUAGGCUUAAGACGUUCCUCUUUGAUAAAGCUUAUAGUUAGGGCUGGAUCAGGUGAGUCCUGAACCAUCCCUUAGUUAUGCUGCUAUAGGCCUAGACUAUCGGGGGAUUUCCCAUGGUGCACUGAGCUCCUCUCUUCCUCUCUCUCGCUGCACUCAUUCAUGUCCCAUUAAUGCAUGUUACUAACUUCACUUCUUCCCCGGAGUUCUUGUGCUUUCUCGUCUCGCAGGUUCUUAUCGAUCCUGGUGGAGCCUCCUGCCAUGGUCCUGCUAGAUUGUAUUGCCAAUACUGUUGUUGCUGUGCACCUGUCUGUCUGUUUGUCUCUCUCUCUGUCUCUGUCUCUCUUUCUCUCUCUCUCUCUCUCUCUCUCGCUCUCUCACACCCCAACUGGUCGAGACAGACGACCACCCACCUAGAGUCGAAGGAUCUGUCCUAGGUUUCUGCCUUUUAACAGGCAGUGUUUCCUUGCCCUUGUCUCCAAGGUCUUGCUCAUGGUGGUACUGUUGGGUCUCUGUAAAUAAUGUUUUAAAGAGUUCGGUCUAGACCUGCUCUAUUUGAAAAGUGUCCUGAGAUAACUUCUGUUAUGAAUUAUACAAAUAAAAUUGAAUUGAAUUGAAUUGAAUUCAUGUGAUGAAUAAGUGUUAAAAAUAAUAUAAUUACACAGGACAAAUAAAAUCAUUGCUCCACGAUAUCUCUGCAAAAUGUCACAAUCUUUCUCUUUUAUAUUUCGUUCCAACUUUGGUCAACAAGGGUUGUUUUUUGUUAAAAUAAAUAUGAAUUUUAUGAUUUUAUUGCACCUUCCAUUCACACGUUAGUUGUGAUAAAAAGUAAAUUUGUUUUGAUUAAUAAAGUUUUAUGGAAGCAUUUUACAUAUGUUGAAAUCUGUGUAAUCAGUAAUUGUCCAAAUGUAUUACUUUCUCCAGAGUUUUAGAAUUUUUAUUGUGAAAGACUUGAGCUGGAAGUAUCAGUGUUGUUUCUCCUGGUGGAAAAAAUUUAAAAUGUGGAUUCUCUUUAUGUAAAGUUUUUGUUUCAUUAAAGUAAAACAGGAAUGAUG